UCAUGUUGACUUGAGCUAUUUUUAAGUGUUUGUAGGGGUGAGUGGGUGUGAGUGAUUGUGGAUCUGAAGAUUCCUUUAAAUACCCUUAAGUAAAACUAGAUAGACUUAACUUAUUGUAUUUUGUUUCUUAUUUAAUAUUAAUUACUCAACUAUAAAUAUAAAACAGCAAAAAAUAAUAAUUUCGCAUUAACCUUUUUGUACUAAUAAACACAGCUGUGAAAUUUACGAUGAAGAGAAAGUCAAAUUGUAACCACGAAAGAGUAAAUGAAAAUGAGCGAUUCAAAAUUAAACUAGAUGAAAAUUUUUUUGAAAAGUUUUAUGUUGCUCCAAUCGAUAAAUUUUCUGGAUAUGCUCCUUUAUAUAGGCAGCCUAUAGAGUUUGGUCACUUUUCUCUAGACUCUAAUCGCUGUUACCACAAUAAUGCAAAGCAGCUAAGAUAUUAUAAACCUCCAAAAAGUGAAAUCAAACUUAAUUUUGAUUUAAAGCUAGGUUACGAUAAUUGUAUUUUACGAAAUGAAGACAAUAAAGAAGGUCUAGAUAACUUGUUAAAAUGGUUGCAGGAUAACAAGAAACUCUUUAGUAAUGGCAAAGAAAUUGCAAAAAAUAAUAGUUUAAAUACAGAUUUUGUGACAUGGAGAGGUCACUUAACUAAAAUUCUUUGUGCUCCUUAUGAAAAUAAUGAACCUUGGAAAAUGGCUGCUACACUAUUUAAUGGCACAAUUUACAUUAGUGAAGUUGAAACAGAAAAGGCAAAGUUUGAUCGUUCAAACCGGUCUCCAAAGCAUCAGGAAAUGUGUUAUUGGGGAUAUAAAUUUGAAAGUUAUCUAACUGAGUCAAUGCAAGAGCAACAGGACUUAAAUCCUGUUGUGAAUACAAAUGAAGCAUUUUGCUCUGUUGUACGGACACGAUUAAAUAAAAAUUCAAUUAUUUGUGGAGCUGAAGUGGAUUGCUGUAUUAAAGAAGACAAAUCUAAAUCACCUUCAAAUUAUAUAGAGUUAAAAACAACCCGAAUUAUGAACAAUUACCGACAAAAUGAAAAUUUUGCAAGAUAUAAACUUUUGAAGUUUUGGGCGCAAAGUUUUCUGGCAGGUAUACCAAAAAUAGUUGUAGGAAUGCGUGAUGAUGAAGGCAUUGUAAAAGAAAUAAAAAGUUUUAACACUUUAUCAAUACCUGGAAUUUGCAAAGAAUAUUCAAAAAAGUGGGAUGCAAAUGUAGCUUUAAAUUUUCUUGAUGGCAUUUUAAAUUGGUUAAAAAAGGUUGUUGUAAUUGAUAAUCCUAAUGUUGUAUAUAUGAUAGAAUUUGCAGAACCAUUCAGUUAUGUAUCUUUACAAGUUUUUAAAGAAGGCUCUGAAAGUUUUUUGCCUGAUUGGUAUACAUCAAAUGCAGUCGGGUUCGGUUUGUGGAUAUCUUAUAUACAAAUGAUAUAUGUAGAUACUCAACGACGCUAGGCAUGGUGCUUACUAAGUAACGGGUCAUGACACAUGAAGUACAGAGAAAAAAAGUUGAAAAAAUGUUGUGUUUAUUGAGUUAUUUAUCAUAAAAGUAAAAGAAAGAGAAAGAAGAGAAAAGCAAAAACACUUUGAAUAAUAUGUAUUCUGAAUUCAAAUUUGGAUGUGUCAAACAACACGGUAGACUGUAAACUACUUUGGCCCUCAAAUUUGAUGAUAAAAAAAUCUGAUGAAUGAGUAGAAGCUGAAAAAAAAUUACGUUAUUAACUUAUAAAAAUAACAAAAAAAACAAACACAGCCUAUUGAAAUAGUGUCUUGAUGUUAUGAAAACAUACAAUAAAAUAUAAUUGUAUUUUGCUAAUACAUCAUGGCCGACGACACGGGUUUCGAAGUGGA